UGACAUGUUUUGGAAAUGUCAGAUUAUCAUGUGGAGUAGCGAGUCGCAAAAAAAAUAAAAAUAAAUAUUUUUCCUAAUUUAAAUUUCUUAUAAAAUUAAAAUGCCAAAAGAAAAGAAAACACGUACCCAUGAAGUGGCAAAACAAGGAAUUGUUUUCAACAAAAACUUUGGCCAGCACAUUCUAAAAAAUCCCCUCAUUAUCACCGAUAUGGUUGAGAAAACUGGUCUCAGAUCAACGGAUGUAGCUCUAGAAAUCGGUCCUGGUACAGGAAACAUGACUGUCAAGGUAUUGGAAAAAGUUAAAAAAGUUAUCGCCUGUGAAAUCGAUAGCAGAUUGGCAGCUGAAUUACUCAAAAGAGUUCAGAGUACUCCUCUGCAAUCCAAAUUGAAACUUUUAAUUGGCGACUGUUUAAAAACAGAAUUGCCAUAUUUCGAUGUGUGCAUAGCUAACGUGCCAUAUCAAAUUAGUUCGCCACUCGUUUUCAAAUUGCUACUCCAUCGUCCGAUCUUCCGUUGCGCCGUUCUCAUGUUCCAAAAAGAAUUCGCUCAGAGAUUGGUAGCAAAACCAGGUGACAAACUGUACUGUCGAUUGAGUAUAAAUACUCAACUUUUGGCAAAAGUUGAUAUGCUAAUGAAUGUUGGAAAGAACAAUUUCCGACCUCCACCAAAAGUCGAAUCCUGCGUUGUUAGAAUUGAACCCAAGAAUCCUCCACCAGCUAUAAACUUUUCUGAAUGGGAUGGUCUGACGAGAAUUGUUUUUACAAGAAAAAACAAAACACUUUCGGCAAUAUUCAAACAAGAUUCUGUAAUGGAAGUUCUGAAGAAUAAUCACAAACUCUAUUGUUCACUGAGAAAUUUGGAUCCAUCCGAUUCAAAUCCAUCAGAAAUGGUAGCCGCAAUAUUGACGAAACUCAACAUGGAAACAAUGCGUGCUAGGACAAUGGAUAUAGAUGACUUUAUGAAGCUUUUGUUGGCAUUUAACUCAGAAGGUCUUCACUUCACGUAAUCUUUUUUUUGAACAUAUUUUACCUUAUGUUUUAGAGUACAAUAAAAAAAAUAAAUAGUAUAUAUAUGAAUAUUAGUGUUAAGUUAGCCCGAGUCAGCUAAAUGGUUUUAACACUUAUGCCUCAAUAAAAUCUUUUCUAAAGUCAAA